UAUUGUAUGUAUUGUCAACUGAAUGGAAGACCUACCGCUCGUAGUUUGUGCGCCUCACUUUAUAACCCGUAAAUAUUAUUUGUACAGCGUUUAUUUUAAUAAUUUGAGGCACAAAAACAAUGGAAAACGGAGAUACAGAUACUAACAAUGAAGGUGUUGGACCUGUAGACAAUGCUUGGGCUAUGAAAAUACCGAAAUUCACACCUGAAGAUAAUCCGCAUGGUCUUUUAGAAGAAAGCAAAUUUGCAACCCUAUUUCCAAAGUACAGAGAACAAUACUUGAAGGAAUGUUGGCCGCUUGUGCAGAAAGUGCUCAAGGAACAUUACAUUGUUGCUGAUCUUGACCUUAUCGAAGGCAGCAUAACUGUGAAAACGACACGGAAAACAUGGGAUCCCUAUAUCAUAAUUAAAGCACGAGACUUAAUGAAACUUUUGUCACGAAGUGUGCCCUUUGAACAAGCCGUACGAGUCCUGGAGGAUGAGAUAGGAUGCGACAUAAUAAAGAUUAAUUCAUUUGUUCGUAAAAAAGAAACAUUUUUAAAGAGGCGGCAGCGUUUAAUUGGCCCUAAUGGUGUAACUCUGAAGUCUAUAGAACUAUUAACUGAAUGCUAUGUGCUAGUGCAAGGCAACACAGUAUCAGCCGUAGGACCAUACAAGGGUCUAGUGCAAGUAAGAAGAAUUGUUGAGGACACUAUGAAAAAUAUUCAUCCUAUGUAUAACAUUAAAAGUUUAAUGAUCAAAAGGGAACUCAUGAAAGAUCAGAGAUUAAAAAACGAGAGCUGGGAUAGGUUUCUACCUACAUUCAAAAGUAAAAAUGUCCCAAGGAAACAACCUAAGAAGAAAGUUGAAAAGAAACCGUACACACCUUUCCCACCUCCACAACCAGAAAGUAAAAUUGAUCGUGAACUUGCUACUGGUGAAUACUUCCUUAAGGAUGAACAUAAGAGGGCUAAGAGACGUCACGAAAAAGAAGAAAAGCAAGCACAAGUUAAACGUGCCAAACAAGAACAACGGCAGAAAGACUUUAUACCACCUGAAGAGAAACAAACUACUAGUGAAAACCAGACAGAAACUACAGUAGACAUAAACCAAUUUAAAUCCAAGAUGAAGAAGCUGUCCAAACAACAAAAAGGUUCUAAACUAAAAAAGGCAGAAAUAUAAUUCUGUGUUAGAGUGCUAUUUCUAAGCAAUGUUUGACAUAAGUAAAUAAAUUUAUUAAAUGCUA